UCUGGUUUGAAACUAGUAAACCGAUGCUCAGCAUCGGUUCCUGUCGUGUUCUUACACUGACAAAUUUAGUUUUAAGAAUGUCUUCAACUUUUACUUACGAGGAUGCUGUCCACAAGUUAAAUUUGUUGCAAUCAAAUAAAGCAACCAUAGAUCAAAUACGUAGAGACAUUAAGGCUGGUCAUCAAAACACUAACUUACAAGACAUGGAAAAUUACUUAAUGCGGACAGGUGUGACAUUGUCUAUGUUGGACCAACUCUCUGUGAUACACGUGGCUGGGACCAAAGGGAAGGGUUCAACGAGUGCAAUGUGUGAGUCGAUUCUCCGCACACACGGGUUCCGCACGGGAUUUUACUCGUCUCCACAUCUCGUGGCCGUGCGUGAGCGUAUCCGGCUCGGAGGACGAGUACUCACUGAGAGGCAGUUCGCUGAGUACUUCCGUGAAGUGUACGAUGCUCUUUAUAAGACUCAGGCGUUCCAAGGAGACAUGCCGAAGUACUUUUCGUUCCUAACAGUUUUAGCAUUCAACGUGUUCCUCAAAGAACAGGUCGAUGUGGCCAUUGUUGAGGUGGGCAUCGGUGGCAUUGUAGAUUAUACUAACGUUUUAAGAAAAGUUCCAGUAGUAGGCAUUACGUCCCUGGGUCUAGACCACACGUCGAUACUGGGCGACACGCUGCCUCAGAUCGCUGCCGCUAAGGCCGGCAUCAUGAAGCGAGGCUGUGAGGCCUUCACUGUGCAACAGCCACCUGAGGCUAUGGAAGUACUGCGAGCUGUCGCUUCUAAUUUACAGUGCUCUCUAACAGUGAUCCCAGAAUUUAACACAUACAAAUUUCAAAAUGGCACCAAACUGUCAAUACAAUUGGAAGCGUACAGGAUGAACGCAUCGCUAGCCGUUCAACUUUCUCACGCUUGGAUGCGUAAAGUGAGACAGAACUCAAACGACCAAACUAAACAAAUUGUUUGCAACAUAACAAGUGACGCACAGAAAGACAAGGGUGGUUUAUUAGUAGAUACGCUUUGUAAAGAAACUGUAAUAGGUUUGAAAAAUACCAAGUGGCCGGGACGAUAUCAAGUUAUAAAAACAGAUUAUGCGACGUUUUUCCUAGAUGGAGCUCAUACGAAAGAAUCUAUGGCGAUAUGUGUGAAAUGGUUUGAAGAGAAUAAUAGAUAUAGUACCAAAGUUUUAAUAUUCAGUGCAACCGGCGACAGAGACGCUUCAGUUCUGUUAAAAGUUCUAUCACAAAUAGACUUUGAAGAAGUAUUUUUCGUAAUACCAACAGCCCACAAGAAAGUAACACAGAAGAAUGACAAUUAUUCAAUGUUGGAACAAAAAGAAUUGUUAUCGCGAUGUGACAAUCACGCAGCGAUAUGGAAGCAAUUGAAUAAACAAUCGAAAAUUACAAUAUUAGAAUGCGUUUCUGAUGUCCUACAAUAUAUUAAUAUGAAUUCAAAUAUAUCAGUUCUCAUAACGGGUUCUCUACAUUUGGUAGGAGCGGCGCUUUCUAUAAUAGAUCCUAAUCUAAGCGAAGAUGUAUGAGACGCAAAAAAGGCUUGUGAUAAAUCUCGAAUUUAUAUUGUUAUUAAAAUAAAACUGAACUUAAAAAUGUAUUUUAUUUCUUGUUUGAAUAUGUGUUAUGUUAUAAUGAAUGAAUAACAGUAUUUAAAAUAAAAACAUAUUUACAAUAA